UAGAGAUCCAAAUAUAUAUAUUUAUUAAUUUCUAGAAAGAAAUUCAAACAUGGGGAAGGGUCAUCAUGAUAUUGAAGCUCCAAAGCAUUACCCAUCACAAAUGGAAGAUCCCCAGCUCCGUUGGGGGUUCAUUCGUAAAGUCUACUCAAUCGUGACGUUACAAUUGUUUUUAACGGUUAUCAUAUCCAGUAUAAUAGUUUUAACCCCACGACUUAACCAGUUUUUCCGCACUCAAACUGGUUUGAUUGUGUACCUCAUCAUUUUCAUCUUUACGUUGAUAAUUAUGCUUGUAAUGAGCUACUUUAUGAAUCGGCAUCCUGUAAACAUCAUCUUAUUGGGCGUGUUUACUGCCGGAUUUUCUAUGAUGGUGGGAGUUUCUUGUGUCUUCUCCAAGGGUAAUGAUGAAAUAGUUUGA